CGGUGAUGCGCACAGCUCGGAUACACUGAGUGACAACCGACGAGGAAACGUUUCACGCUCUUUAAAGAAAGGAAAAAGGAAGAAGUGACGACUAUCUUUUUAGAGAAGAUCUUAUUUACUGACCUCCCUUAUCUCACGACAGAAGACGCGCGAGUCAUCCGGAGUACGCAGCUGUCAUUUCUUUACUGCGCAUUGAGUAGCCUAGCCUAUUUCGCCUUGAUUUGAUUUAUGUUACAGUAUAAUAUAGAGGAGAUACUGCACUCUGACUGAAGAUACCGAUGUGGAUGAAGUUGACAUUGCCCAACUAUAGCCUACUGUCACUGCGCGUAAAAUCCACAUUUGGAUACGGACCUGUCGCUAAAGAAACUUUAUAGUCAAUUGCCGUUUAAUUUUCUCCACAAUGUCUGAAGAAGUUAAUAGCUGCACUGGUGCUAGUACUAUAACUGAUGUUGAAAGCAGCAAUAUCAGCGUUCUCGGCUGGGAACAAGUGCAGCGUCUUGAUGCCAUCCUGACCGAGACCAUUCCCAUCCACGGCCGGGGAAACUUCCCCACUUUGGAGAUGAAACCCCGACAAAUAGUGAAGGUGGUGCGUAGUCGCAUGGAGGAGAGGAAUAUCCACGUCCGGGACGUGCGGCUAAACGGGUCUGCUGCAAGCCACGUUCUUCAUGAGGAUAGCGGACUGGGCUACAAGGACCUUGACCUAAUCUUUUGCGCGGAUAUGAAAGGGGAAAGUGAUUUUCAGAUUGUGAAGGAUAUCGUUUUGGACUGUCUCCUGGACUUCUUACCUGACGGGGUGAAUAAGCAGAAAAUAUCACCAUUGACUUUAAAGGAAGCCUAUGUGCAGAAGAUGGUGAAGGUGUGCAAUGACUCAGACCACUGGAGCCUCAUCUCCCUCUCCAACAACAGAGGCAAGAACGUGGAGCUCAAGUUCGUAGACUCUCUGAGGCGGCAGUUUGAGUUCAGCGUGGAUUCCUUCCAGAUCAAGCUGGACUCCCUGCUGCUGUUCUAUGAAUGCUCUGAGAACCCCAUGACCGAGACCUUCCACCCCACCAUCGUGGGCGAGAGUGUGUUUGGGGACUUUGGUGCUGCCCUCGACCACCUACGCCAGAAGGUGAUCUGCACCCGCAACCCAGAGGAGAUCCGGGGCGGCGGCCUGCUCAAGUACUGUCACCUGCUGGUAAGGGGCUUUCACGCCGACUCUGAGACAGAGAUGAAGUCCCUGCAGCGGUACAUGUGCUCGCGCUUCUUCAUCGACUUCUCGGAUAUCAGCGAGCAGCAGCGCAAGCUGGAGUCCUACCUGCAAAACCACUUUGUGGGCCUGGAAGACCGCAAGUACGACUACUUGAUGACCCUGCAUGGGGUGGUCAACGAGAGUACGGUGUGCCUGAUGGGACAUGAGAGGCGGCAGACACUGGGGCUGAUCGCCAUGCUGGCGGUGCGCGUGCUGGCCGAGCAGAACGUCAUCCCAAACGUGGCUAACGUCACCUGCUACUACCAGCCAGCCGCCUACGUGUCAGACGGUAACUUCAGUAACUACUACAUAGCCCAGGUACAGCCCAUGUUCCACUGCCAGCAGCAUGCCUACUCCACCUGGCUACCCUGCAACUGAGACAGCACAGGGAAAGGAAGGAGUGAGAGAGAACGAGGGAGAGUCUGAUUCAUUUAUCACUGUAAAGUGUUUUUCAGAUGAAUGAAUGAGACAAAAGGUAUCCCCAUGCCCCACAAUCCUGUAUUGAAUUUAAAUGUGUUAUGUUCUGUUAGUGUGAUGGGGGAAAGAAAAUAACAGCUGGGUCUCAGCUCCUGCGAGGUCAGUCUUAAACCAAUGGCAGGACAGUUUACUGUGAAAAUGCCACCCUGUCUGACACAUAACCCAAGCUUAGGAAGUAUGGGAUGGGGUUUUGCCCAAUACAAUGCAAACAAUGAUGGACAAGAAUGAAAGCCGUAACAAUACUUUCAUUGACACUGACCUGGAUUGACUGACUCUGUUGCGAACUGAAAAGGCUGUGGAAUUGAGCGAUAGACGGAACAUAAUGUGGGGCUGCAUCUGUGUUCUGCGGUGUCCAGCUGCCUCCUUGGCCGGAGGAUGCAGGCCCCUUUGCUCUCUGAGGGGUGUGUGGCUUGCACCCUGACGCGUGCUGGGCAAUGUCCCAGCAACACAGGGGUUACUAGAGCACCAUAAAACUCUCUUUAUUUCUGGUGAGGUGAGUUGUCAUCACGAGCUUGGAAUGACAGAAACUACACCUUAACUAGUAAUGAUUGAUAUGAACAUGAUGAUGCGUUUACAAACCAAAGAUUUUUCAUUUAUUGUUUUUAAUACCCACGUUUGGUGGGGAAGAAAACAAAUGUAUAAUGCUAUCUAUAUUUGUAUAUGUGAACGUGUUUUAAGUGCCUAACGCCUAUCAGUAGUAUAGGCAGAGGAAUAAUGAGCAGCAGGCCAUAUUGUUUUGUGAAUAAAUCCAGUCUGGUUUUCGUCAGGCACACAAGACAAUAGCACCCCAGAGGCUUGUGAAUGUAACCGUAAAAUCCUGAUUCAAAUCCUGAUACAGUCCGUGUUGAUGUCAUAUUUUUUGGAAGACAACAUAUCCCCUUGCAGUCAUAGAGUAUUAGUCGAUGGGGGAGAGAUUGGGGUUUUGCUGUACUUUGUACAAAGUAGUUUGACAGGUUGAUACAAGACCGUUAACAUUUGCCGAUAUUUUAAACAUUCCAGCUCCAAUUAAUGAUAACAGUACCUCCUCAUAGGUGCGUUGACGCCACGGAGAAUAGAGCGUUGUUUGCUGUUGCUCUCCCGUAGUCAUUUUCAGACAAACAAACUCCACAGGAAUAUUAGCUCGUGCCGUGGUGCAUGUACCGAGAUGGUUUAACAUUGUUUUGUCGUUUUUCAUGUUGACAGCUUUGGUGAGCUUUUCGGAUGUCGGCGUUAAAGAAAGGCGACGUCCUGUCGUUUUCAGUUUCAUCAUAUGGAUCACUGUACAUUCAGUUUCACAUGGUUUCAACUUUACUGUAUUUUGUAUUGGGGGUGCUUCUCUUUUAACUCACCUUUUUGUAGCAAGUUCACAGCAGGCUGAGGGAAUGAAAAACCUGUGUCGAUAGAAAUGGAUACAGAAGGAGAGAGAGACCGAACGGAUCAAAAGGCGAAGAGAUCGUCUGUGUGUUCCGGUGCUGCCUUCUAGUAUGAUAUUCGCUGAGACACCUGUGAUGAUGGGGACAUUAUUUGCUGUAACACCCUAGCAGGGAAUUAUGCAGCUGCCAAAACGGUUGAACUUAUCUGGGCUGUGUCUGUUGUGUAUGCGCUCGCUUUGGGUGGGCUCAAACCUACCAGCAAAUGUUGUGUCAAAUGUUUAUCUGCCGCUUGCCCAGUGUUGAAUGAGUGUUCGGCCUUUUGUCGAUGGGGAGAGAGGUUGAGGAUGUGUUGUUUUUAUAUCGAGGUACAGAUAUUGAGCUGUAGGGGGAAAAAAACAUGUGAGGGACAGAGGAAAAUGAGGCUGGGCUGGGGAGAUAGGUGCAGCUGGUGAAGGGGUUUGUCUUGCUUUCACCACAGACAGACAGACAGACAGACAGACAGACAGACAGACAGACAGACAGACAGACAGACAGACAGACAGACAGACAGACAGACAGACAGACAGACAGACAGACAGACAGACAGACAGACAGACAGACAGACAGACAGACAGACAGUGGUAAUACCUCUUUCUCCCAUUUUAAGAUGACCUAAGCAGAGAGAAUAGGCAGGAGAGAGAGGGGUUCUGGUACACACAACACAACUUUAGGGAGGUAGCCUAUUAAGCCUAGCUUUACCUCUUAUGUCAGGGCCUCUUCUCUGGGGGACUAAACAGAUAUCCUCGCAUGCCUUAUGAGCUUUGAUAACAUUUCCUGGGUUGGUGCACUGCCAUGCUAUUACUGUAAAUAACCUUGUAAAUGAGGCUAUGCUAUGCUGUAAGGUCCAAGCCCAUGGGGGAAUACUGUCUCAUGCUAAUUCAUGCCAUUUCUCAACAUAACAUCUGAAAUAUGUUCCUCAACUGAUCGGAAUUGAUUUUUGACGUAAAGAUGAAAAUGAACGAUGAUUCAUCACCAGUAUUGUGGAUCUCGGGGUGAGAGACAGUGUUAUUAAAAAUAGCAACAUCGGUGUGCACUAUACAAAUCUAAAGUGUGUAUCUUUUAGAGAAGAAUUAAACGGUGUGUUCACUUUGGGUGGGAUUCCUGGCUUCCCACUUCUGUACAAAUGGGUCAUGCCACACCUCUUUCGGACAUCUUAAGGAAACUACUCUCUUUGUCUCCACUGAUGAGAUCCUACUCUUGUCCUCCCUCCUCUCCCCUCACUCCCAUAAUGUGCAAGCAGUAAUGCAGCUCCCUUAGGGAGAAAGUGAAUGGACAUCUAAUGGAGUUCUACGGGGCGGAGGCACUCCAAAGGGGAUGUGAAUCGACUUCGGUGACCACUGUGUGACCGUAACCCGGGUGGUCAAGAGAACAGAGAGAGAUGCACUCGACUCAAAUCAUUCUGUAGACUCCUUUUUCUCUAUUUUGCUAUUUCACACAUUCUGGUCUAACAUUUUUCUUUUUGACUGUGUACAUUUUGAUGAUAUUGUCUGGAUUGUGCAGGCGCUGUAUAUUCUCAUCUCUUCUCACUCUGUGAAAUUGGCUCAGAACAGUUAAGCCAGCACCAGUCUACCAUGUAGUUGGCAAGCAACACACAGGCUACUAUGGGUUGCUGCAUUGUCUUGUAUGCAUUGUUUCAACUUUUCACCUCCUAUUCAUGCAGUCUUUUUCAAUCAAACCAACUAAAAUAGAAAAAGAGCCUGCCUCGUAAUUUUUUAUGAUUGUUCUUUUUUAUAACCGUAUCAGACCAUGUUGCAGCGCUUUGGAGUCUGUGAUCAGUUUGCAAAAUGUCAUUUCUCAGCUUACAUUUUUUUCCCCAGAUCUCGUUAAUGUCUGUUUCGACGAUAAAGCAUGUUUUCAUCAUUAAAAAA